AUGCACGGUUACAGCUCCUCCGAAGAGUCGGACGACCCGCGUCGUCCGCGCUCGCAGCCAGCCUCAUCAGGCAACAACCAGGACCAGAAGAAGAAGCGAAAGAAGAGACUGCCUCCGCAGCAGACUAUCAACAGACUCUGGAAGAAGUUCUCGAGCCGCAAGUUCCACAAAGCGGUUUCGGUGCUCCCCUUUGACCCUGUCGUAGCACCGCGAUCUGGGCUGGACCGCCCCAAUGAGCUCCUCUCUGAAAGCUACGAACGCGCUGCUGAGGAAUGUCGGCGCAAGGUGCAGAAGAUUGUCCAAGAGUGUAAGAGGGUCAAUAUGAGAUACCGUGACCCUGGUUGGGAUCUGGACUGGGAUCUCAAGUAUGAAAAGGGCAACACCCUCAACUACAUUGGAACCGAAAAGUUUGAGAUCUCCAAGGCCACUCUUUUGGGUUCUAAGGCGGUCGUGCCCAAGGCCGUCAAGAGAGUCCACGAGAUUUUCGAAAAUCCCACAUUCAUGAAGGAUGUCAAGGGCAGCGAUAUCAAGCAAGGGGGCUUGGGAGACUGCUGGCUCAUGUCCAGCCUGACUGCGCUGGCAAGCGUCGAGGACGGCGUCCCGCGCUGCUGCGUGGCCUACGAUACCAAAAUCGGCAUCUACGGAUUCCUCUUCUACCGGGAUGGCGAGUGGGUCUAUUCGAUCGUCGACGACAAGCUGUACCUCAAGUCCCCCUGCUGGGACUCGCCUAGCAUGCAGCGGGACCUCCUCCAGCAGAUCGACCGCGAGGACGUCGAGACCGUCUACAGGAAGACGUACCAGACCGGCUCCAAGGCGCUGUUCUUUGCCCAGUGCAAGGACCAGAACGAGACCUGGGUGCCGCUCCUCGAAAAGGCCUACGCAAAGGCCCACGGUGACUAUGCCUCUCUUUCUGGCGGAUGGAUCGGCGAGGGUCUGGAGGACCUCUCCGGUGGAGUCACCACCGAGCUGCUCACCUCCGACAUUCUGGACCUCGACGCCUUCUGGGAGAAUGAAAUGUCCAAGGUGAACAAGGAGUUUAUGUUUGGCUGCUCGACCGGUCUCCUGGACUACGGCUACGGCCAGCGCGACGGCAUCAGCGAGGCACACGCCUACGUCGUCGUGGACGCCCGCACCCUCAAGUCGGGCCAGCGGCUGGUCAAGCUCCGCAACCCCUGGGGAGAGAUCCGCAAGGGCCUCUGGGAGGGCCCGUGGAGCGACGGCUCCAAGGAGUGGACCACCGAAGUCCAGGAGGAGCUGGGACACAAGUUUGGCAGCGACUCGGUGUUUUGGAUCUCCUUUGAGGACUUGAUCCGCAAGUACACGCACUUUGACCGCACUCGCCUCUUCCGAAACGACGACGACUGGCGCUGCUGCCAGCGAUGGAUCGGCGUCGACGUCCCGUGGAAGGCUGACUACCACGAAAAGUUCCGCGUCAAGCUGACCAGGGACUCGCCCUUCAUCCUGGUCCUGGCGCAGUUGGACGGCAGAUACUUCAAGGGUCUUCAGGGCCAAUAUAGUUUCCGCCUGCACUUCCGCCUGCAUCACGAGGAUCGGCCCGACGCUGAAGACUACAUUGUGCGGUCUCACGGCAACUACUUCAUGAAGCGAUCGGUCUCGGUCGAGCUCCCGGAUCUCCCAGCUGGCAACUACACCGUCUACCUCAAGGUCACCGGCCAGCGCGACAGCAAGCAGCCGUCGGUCGAGGAGGUGGUCAAGCGGGAGGCCAAGGACAGGGUCGAGAACGAGAAGCUCGCCCAGGUGGGCUACGCGUACGACCUAGCGCACAGCAAGGCGUGGGAGCACAUGGAGAAGGUGGCCAAGAUCCGCAAGCAGCGAGACCAGCAGAAGGCCUCUGCGUGCCGCCAGGAGGAGCGUCGCAGGCAGUGGGAGAGGCGCCACAUCAGCCGCGACAUCACCAAGAAGCAGAAGAAGAAGAACACGGAGAAGAAGGAGCGCAAGAAGGAGGCCAAGCAGGCGGCUAGGAGG